CUCUGACCUCGCCGGCAACUGCAAAAUCAAGGAAGUGCAGUUUAUCUUAAAAAACACCUUCUAAAAUCCACAUCCAAUUGGGAACAUUUUAUAUUUAGUUGUCUCCGGUUAAAGUAUGAGUAUCAGGGGACUGUGGAUACUCACUUUGCCUGGAAAAACUGCAGGAAAAGUAAUUUUCUCUAGAUUCUUUCCAACUAUUGAAAGAAAAACGAGAAUCCUUGAAGGGGAUCAAUUUGUCGCCGUCCCUGAUGACCAAGAAUUUGGAGAGGCACUUUAUGGAGAACUUGGCUGGAAGAACAAGUCAGACAAGUUUGUGGAAUCACGUGACACGUGUCGGAAGUCGGAGAGAAAACCUGUCUAUGAAAUCAGCACAGCGGCCGGGAGACUCUGGCCCUUAGUAGUGAUUGAGCAGUUUGGUCUCAUAUUUUGCUGUUUGCCAGCAGUGGAAAAAAAUGGCAGAGAGCAGUCAUCACUUAUUCAAUUCCCUGGAAUUCCAGUUGCAUUCAGUCUGCUCCUGACCAUGAUGGAUUUCCUAGGACCAUGUCCUGGUAUUGAUGAAAACUUCGAUAAAUUUCCUCAACUGCACCUGUUCCUAAGCCAGGCUGCACCAUUUGGGACUCCGGUUGAUCAGAGCCUUGCCUCUGUUGAUGCCAAACUGCACAGUAAGCUGCCUGUUGUCACUACAAAUCAAAAGCAACCAGCCUGGAAACCUAUCCUUCACAAGGGAAAGGGCAUCCUCUACUUCACAAUCACAGAAAAUAUGAGAACAGUUCAGUAUGACAGUCCUAACAUUCCAGAUGUCUAUGAGGUGUAUGGCACAGUGUCUGGUCGUAGCACCUUAGAAGGCCUGACCCCUGACAUAACGCUCACUCUAGGAUACCAGCAAGACUCCUUACAUAUUCCUGUGGAUGAUAUCGUGGUCAAUCCUUGUGUGCAACACUGUGAUAUUCAAACUUUGUCUAAAGGUGCUAAUGUUUCUUCAAUGAUGAAACCUCAUUCUGCCAACCCACACAAAAUCAGAUUUACACCUCCAUUGGAAUCAAUAGCUUUGUGUCAUUACACAGCCCGUCCCGUGCCAGACCUGCCAAUCAAGGGAUUCUAUCAAAUGAAGGGCGAGACUACUGUUGAUCUGUUAGUGCAGUUGCGGCUGAAUGAUAAAGUGAAAAACAGCUUUGAGUACUGCGAACUGCAGAUGCCAUUCUUUCAUAGAGGUCCGAUCAUCGAUUAUGAAGCUUCCCCAAACCAUGGCCAGUGUUUGUUGUCACCUGAUAAGAAGAUCCUGGUUUGGAAUAUAGGUCAGAAGUUUCCGUCCCGAUCAUUAGAAAUCUUACUGAAAGCUUCUGUCAGAUUCAAGGAGUAUUCUUUCAAUGAAUCUAACUAUGCGGAUGAACAGUUUUGUGUUGGACAGAAUGCCUUUGCACAGUUAUUCUUCAAAAUUGAGGACUACACACUGUCAGGAUCUUGGAUUGAUCCGAAGUCUAUAGUGAUAUCACCGCCUACGAAACAUAAGGUGACAUUUGUUCGUGAAUUCCUGAGCCUGGAUUACAAGAUUUGGAACUCUCACGGUGAUGCCCAGAUGGCCUUUCCUCCUCCUCGGUACCUUCUAUCAUGAACGGCUGCCAGGACAUGUAUUCAUAGGUGCUAUUGUAAAUGUCGAACCCUCCUUCCUGCGAGACAAAGACUUGAAGUCUGACCUAUCCUGAUCAGUUAAUCAAAAGUAGAAUGGUAUUGUCUGAAUAAAGACAACAUAUUCUCAGGCUUUGUACAAGACAUCCCUUGAAAACCUGGUUUCUUCAGGAGUAUUUUGAAAAAUCAUGUUAUAAUAGUUGCCAUGUCUGACCAAAGGGAGGGUCCAGGAUUGUACAGUGAUAAAGAUUUUAAAUUGGUAUUAAUCCAUAUUUUAUAUUUUGUACAAUUCUGUUUGUUGCAAAUUGUUACAUGUAUGUAAUGCUCCUGUAAAUGGUGUACAUAUUUUCGAUGACUUGAAUUCAUUUAAAAGAAUAUAUCUGUUAUU